GUUUUUUCCUUCUGUGACGCGAACCGUUCACGCGAUCACCAGCUGUUCAACGUUCGGAUAGCUGCGUUCUAGAAAUCACGCUGUGCAGGUGUUUAUACCGUUAAUCUUGACUGUAACACUUGUACCUGUCCGGGUUUGUUCUUCACGUCAACGCGAGCUCUGUGGCCAGUGUUCUAGUGUUCGGUAGAUCUUCCAAUAACGCGUUAAAUUAUUAAAAGAUAAUUACAAAAGUGAGAUUCUUUAGAUGGAAGUAAUACAAACAGAUUAUUGCUGUAUGAUUAGGAUAAUACUUUAGGGUGGUAAUGCUAAGGAAUAGGUUUAUUGUUGGAAGAAAUAGAAUUUAGUAUUUUAAUUGAACAGUAUUAAUUGUAGUGAUUGAACAGAAUAAUUAGUAGAUUUAUAAAAAUAGUAAUUAAAACAGUUUAAUUUACUUGGAGGGGAUGAUUGCUAAUGAUUCAAUGGAUUUUGUUAAUUGAUGUUGUACAAUAUUUUAGGAAAAGGUUUCUUUAUUAUUUACUUUAUGUAAAAAAUAUACUGUAGCUAUAGAAAAAAAUGAAGAUUAGUAUCAGACUUAAGAAAUCAGCAAAAUAAUUCAAUAUGACUUGAAUUAAAGAAUUGUUUCUUGGAAUUUGGAUGAUUGUAUUCAAUUAAAAUCGUGCGAAAACAGAAUUAAAUAAAUCGGCCGGAGGGAAAGGGAAGAAAGGCACAGCGAGAUCGUCGAGGGAACAGGUGGUAGAAGCAUGGAUUCCCACGAUGGAAAAUCGAAGUCCGCCGAUAGUGGUCCACGGUUGGAUCUACGUGGGACGCCGCGAGCCAUAAUCACGCCAGGCUCGGAGCGGAAUGUCCGUGGGUUCGGGCAAGCGUACACCCUCUAAACGGGCAACUGACGCCACGUCAAAUAUCACGAAGUCGACGAAAACUCGAUCCAAGUCGGAAUCAAGGCUGGUCUCCGGCGCCGGGAGGAAAAGGGACACGAUCGCGUCGUUUUUUAGCCCGAAAAGGCCAGCGCACAGAACAGCGAGGGAUUCCUGCGAUGGACACCGGGUGCGGCGGGUAGAGGACCAGCUAAGAGGACAACAAAACCAAUCGUCGCAGCAGCCGCAGCAGCAGCAGCAACAGCCGCAGCCGCAGCAGCAGCAACCGACGCAGCCGCAGCAGCAGCAACAGGAGCAACAGAUCCCGCUGCGACAGGCUGCCAGCGCCUCCUCGCUGGAAGCGAAGAACGAGAACCCCGCCGUGGGGAAUUGGGGCUCUCUCGGUAAAGAAGGGGUCAAGGGGAACUCCAAGGGGAACUACAACUCGAAGGGACCCGCGAAGGGUUCCAGGAUGCAGGAGCUUGAGCGUGAGAUCGAGGUGUUGCGCAAGGAACGCGGCCGGCUCGAGUCGAACCUACGUGAGGCGUCCUGCGACGCUCAGAAUUUUCGCGAGUUGCGCUCCGAGCUCGCCUCUCUGAAGGNGCAGCACAGUUUGGAGUUAGAGCGUUUGACAGAAGAGAACGAAACUCUUCGCUCAAGACUCAGGGACGUAGCUCAUUCUCCAUUAUCGGAUUCUGAGAAGCAGCAACUACUUCUGGAUGCAUCCAGAUUGCAUAACUCUGCACCAGCAUCCAUAGCCAUUCCUCAAGAUGAAGCUUCUACCCCUAUCACGUCCAUACCCCAAGAUAGUGGACAAUGCACUACCCCGGAUUGGGACAAACAUUCUUCCAGUUCUGUAUCAGAGGUUUCUGUCGCAUGUCUGCAGGAUAGAAUAUUGCAAAUGGAAGAAACACAUUAUUCAACGAACGAGGAGUUACAAGCAACAAUACAGGAAUUAAGCGAUCUACAAGCGCAGCUUACAGAAUUACAAGCUGAUAAUGAAAGGUUAACAGAGGAGAAGGAUGUGCUUCUAGAGUCAUUGUGCAGGCAAACAGAAAAGCUGGAAGAUUCAAGGUCCAAGGUUGACACCUUACAAGGUUUACUUUUAAGGGAAGAGCAACCUCAAGAGUCUUCUAAAGGAUACAACACAGAGAGGGAACAGAAGCUGGUAGACCUUUUAAAGAGUGCUCAAGAGGAACGAGAAUCCCUGCUGCAAAAGCAAGAAGAACUGACCUCGGAAUUGAAGGUUCUUCGAGCGGCUGCUGAAGUUAGUACUGCGGAAUCCGAACGUCUGACAAAGUGUGUUCAUUUGCUGGAGUCAACCGUCGAGGUGGCGAACAAUGAACGAAAGCAAUUGGACAUGGAGUUGGCAGAGGCUAGGCAAGAAGGAGCAAACCGAAGUAUAGAAAUUAGUAGGUUAGCCACUUUACUGGAGAAUGCUCGAGCGAAAAUCGAAGAAUUGGAACAGUCGAGGCAAGUGGAGAACAAAAGCGAGGCUGACGAGCUUUUGGACGCCGCCAGAAGGGAGAAAGAUACUUUAGAGACUCAAGCAGCGGCUCUCCAGGAGCAACUGGCUCGUUCGCACUGCGAUCACGAUCGUCUCAGAGAUCAAUACUCGCAGCUUCAAGAAGAAUACAAAGUAGCCCGCAAUAACGCAAAAUCAGCCAUCGACGAUCUAGAGUACAGACUAAAUCAGCUGAAAGACGAACGGUUGUCGGUGAGCACGGAGUUGCAACUUGUCAGGGAUUCCUUGGCAGAACUGCAAGCCCAGUGUCAGAGGCAUCUGGAGGAUAAAAGGGAAUUGAAAGCUGCCCUGAACGAGGCGCAGCGAAGGGAACGCGAGGCUCAAACGCGGCAGUUCGAGUUGGAAAGAGCUUUGGCAGAGGAACGGAAAUUGAGGCAAGACGAAGUUGUCGAGUGGGAGCAGUUUCAAACGGACUUGCUAAUGACCGUGCGGGUCGCGAACGAUUUCAAAACCGAAGCUCAAAGUGAAUUGGAACGCGUUGUUUUGGAGAACAAGGCGCAGCGGGACAAGCUCAGAGCACUGGAGGCUCAACUCGAUAAACUGAACAAAGCCAGCACUCCCGUUUCUCAAUGUAAGAUAUACAGUAACGCAACCAGAAGUAGUCGCAAACCUGCAAGCAAUAUAUUGAAACGUGGACGUACUAUUGUAAAGAGACGACACGAGUCUAAGAAAAGUGCACUCAAUAGCGAUUUGCCGAUAACGACGAUUGACCCGGACCCCUGUGACGCCGUUAAUCCGAAAUUCGAAGAGCCUAACAGUUCGAUUGCUUUAGAAGAGUUAAAUGUACCGUUGCAAUACGAGAAUGUAGAAUUCGACGAUAAAUUAACCAAGUGUUCUAAAGAACCCGUCAAAUUGGAUGACAAAUUAAUUUCUGGCAAAGAAAUUGAGUUCUGUCCCAUUCCCGAUAAGAAUGAAUUGCACUCGUCUAAAAAGAACGUUUUUGAGUCCGUUAAUGAUAUAUCCAAAGACUCGAAUCUUUUAAAUACAUGUUCAUCGGUGGGGUUCAAUCUGACUGAUGAAAGUAAAAGGUCAAGCGAUUCAUUGAAUUAUUCGGGGGAUCAUCCAGAGUUGAAUAUUUCUAAUAUGUCCACUGUUGAGAAAAACGUAGUAGCAAAAGCGUCCUUGUUAAAUGAUAUAAAGGGUAUCCAAAAUAUGGGAAAGGAUUGUUACGGCAUUACCAUCUCGAAUAGCAAAUUUUAUGUUCCUAUGGAUUAUGUUUUCUCUGGCACGGAAAAUGUAAUGGACGAUUUGAAGUUCGAAGUGGAGCCAGAGAUGAAGAAGGCAUGGCAAGAAUGUACUCGUGGGACUAACGGUAUCAAAGAAGAAUCUCAAGCUUUAAAUAAAUCGGACUUAGAAAAGGACAAGGAAAACUUGUCCAACGAAUUUGACGCAACUUCCAAAUUAGAAGACGACCUUAACAGUCAACAGUUUGCUAACAAGAAACGAAAGAUGUUUCUAACGAAGACUGAGUCUGACAUUAACAAUGAAAUUAUUGACUCUCUGAUAGAUAGCACUCAGAGGAAAAAUAUUUCCAAGGCUAAUCGUUGGCAUAAAAGUCAUUCUGUCUCUUUGGAGAAUAUAAAUAUUCCUGAUAAAUUAAAAAACACUGAGGAAUUAAUCAGUGAUCAUAAUCACAUAAAAAAGAACGGUAUACAUUAUAGAGACACAAAAGGCCCGACACCUUUGAGGCCACAAAGUGUGCCGAUUGAAUUUAAUUUACAUAAAAAACCGGAUCAUCCGGGUCUCUCAGAUGUGAAUGAAAAUAACCCGAUAAUUCCCAAGAAAGAAACGAAUGAAAAGACUGCAGCACCAUAUCCCAUUUUGUCUUCCGUGGAAAAUUUACCUACAACUGCGCUCGAUAUUACAACGUCUCCGAAAAUAUGUUCAAACUCACACUCGAAAGAGAAUACUCCAGGAUCGAACUCGUUAAAUCCACCCACCACAGUUCAGCGAAUACCCAGUGGAUCCCCAAAGCUUGACAGCGAAGUGCAAGAAACAAAGAAAGGCUUGACCCUAUGCGAAGCGAAUAGAUUAAAACGUAUGAAAUUUUUAAACAUGAAUUUAUGUCAGUCUGAUUCGGAACAACAACAGUCUGUAAAUGGUUCUAUUACCACGAAUAAAGAGUCACAUGAAAGUGACGUUACAAACGUAACUUCAAAUAUAAAAACCGAUCAGAGCAAUUCUGUAUUCGUCAACAAGGAUAAAUCUGUAAUAGGGAGGACGUCGUCUUUAAGAGAAAAAUUUGAGACAAUCGUUGAAGAUGUGGAACUGAGACCAGGCCGGCAAAUAGGUACAAAACGCGACCCGAAUCAAAAGGUGAUACAACAACCGCCUCAGAGGCCAGCGAGCACUCCAACUGACACUCAACAGUGCGUACUGACCAGUGUGCAACAGGAAAUAGCAGCCCGACGUAAGGCAAACAUUUCAAGGCAGGAUUCGAGGCUGUCGGUGAAGUGUUUAAUAGAGAGCAUCGAAAAUGCCACUAAACAGGCUAAAGCAGGACCGGGAAGUCGCAGUAGUUCCACGUCCUCCCUCAAUUCCAUUGGAACGAAUGAUAUAAUGACGUUGAAGGCUCCGCUCAGGGAUCAACAGCAAAUCAAUAACUUGAUCUGCACGGCGAACACGACGAAUAACAAUAAAACUCAAGCGGUGAUAACGAGAAAGCCGUUGUCAGAGACAAAGUCAACACCUGUGGUGUUAAGCCCUGGUGAGCUGCUGGACUCUGCUGCUUUGAAUGCCAAGGCGAUCGACUUUGUGCGUCGCAACAGCGUGACAGACUUGUCGGAGCGCAAAGAUCCUCUUUGCGGGCUGAUUAAGAACGGAGGCUCGAAACGAAACGCGUUGCUCAAGUGGUGUCAGAAUAAAACGUUAGGCUAUCGGAACAUCGAUAUCACGAAUUUCAGUAGCUCGUGGAACGAUGGCCUGGCGUUGUGCGCCAUUCUCCACUCUUACCUCCCUCACAAAGUACCCUACGACACUUUAACGCCGGUUGAGAAGCGACGGAAUUUUUCUAUUGCCUUCUCCGCUGCCGAGAGCGUCGGUAUACCCACCACCUUGAACAUCGGCGAAAUGUGUCAAUUGGAGCGGCCCGACUGGCAACAAGUCAUGACGUACGUGACAAGUAUUUACAAACACUUUGAAACGUAAUUCGUUGCGCGACGGUGUUGUUCCGUGUCGCUGAGGCGGGUCCUCCACUCCAUUCAAUGAGAACAAGAUCAUCUAGUCAACCAGAAACAAGAAGAGAAAUUUCUAUAGGGCAAAAUUAUCGCAAACGACUAUUUUUUAUGGAUUUUCCCAAGGAUCGCUGGAUCAGCACUGCCUACCAUCAUUAACUGCUGUAAUAGGACUGCGAGUGAUUCGAAGCGAAGGGUACUCGAUGGAAGUCUAAACACCAAAUGGAAUUGCUUUUCAUUCUUUUACUAUGAGACUGAGCAUUUAUAUAUAUAUAUAUAUAUAUAUAUCUACACGUAUAUAUAUAAAUAUAGAUACACCUACAUAAAAUAUAUAUAUGCUAUAUGGUAUGGUAGUAGUAUUUAGAUUACUACUACAGUGGUAUACUAUAUAGUGAUAACAAGGACAAAGAAUUAGAGGCAGGGAUGUCGUAGAAAGCCCGUCGCUCUGCUGGCGGGCAAAGAAAAUAAAAAAAUAAAUGGGAAUCUAAGCUUUACCGGUGUCUUCUGCGCGUGAAAAAAAAAUGCAUGCUUCAGUGCCUCCUUGGCAAAGCCAACAAUAUUAUUAUUGCUACCGUGUGUGCAAGAGAAUUUUUCUACGCCGUGGUCUUUUUACAUGCUUUGUGAAAUGAUAAAAGAAACAAAAAGAAACGAGUGUGUCGAGUAUAUUUCCGUUCCUCGUACCGUGAGUAUUUUUGUACUUGUAUUAUUUUUCGAGAAACUUUUUUGUAAAGUUUUACAAAACGAAUGUACAGAAUGAAGCGCCUUAAUUUAAAAGCGAACCUAAUUUAUUAUAUUAGUCAGGUUUAGUAGACUACGAGAAGCCGGAGCAGCAAAUUCUAUUAGAGAGCAUCGUUUAAGUUUCUACUCAUACCCGAGAUAUAAGUAAGGAACGAGAACGAACAAGGAUUAAGUUCUCUGUGAUAUAGCGAAAUAGCCCCAGAACAGAGAUGAAAUAAACGUUAUCGUUAUUGCUCUUAUUAUUAUUAUUAUUAUUAUUAUUACAAUUAUUAUUAUAAUUAUUAUUAUUAUUACUACUAUUAAUAUCAUCCUCAUUGUCAUUGUUGUACCAUUGUAGACAAUAUGCUGUCUGACAUAAAACAAUAAACUUGCCUAAUACUAUUUAAAAUCCUGAGCCCUAAUGGGAGAGGUACUUAUUUCAUAAGGGAUAGAACUUUACAAACUAUCCAGUAAGAAUAAGAAAUAAUUUUAAUAAUCUUAAAAGUAUUUACAAUCUUCACAUAAUAUUUACAAUUAUCCAUGUCACAGUAAAAAUUACUUCUCAUGUUUUCAUUCUUAUGUUUACGCACGCGCAUCUAAAUAUCUUAUAGCUGUAU